UUGACCUGCAUCAUGAAAUCAGUUUGUCAAUAUUUAGUUCUCAGAAAGAAGAAAAACAUCUUUCCAUGUCCUGAUGAGGAUAUUCAUAUGAAAGAAGUUGUGUUUGGCGUCUGAUUAGGAGCGUGAAUCAAUGCGUCCUCUCAGUGGGGGAUUUCUGCGCUCUAAAAGCGUCGUGCCCCGAAGGCCUCGGUUAACCCUACAACACUAGGGUUGUAAUGUGACCAAAUAACUCUUAAUGCUCGCAAAGCCAAAAAUAGUUUUUGCCGUCCUCAGCUCUUUAAUGGGAGACGGUCUGCAGUGGAGGUCACAUCAUUCCCUUUUCGAGGGAAGUCUAAGGUUUUGCCGUGAGAUAACGUUAGUUUUUCCCAGACCUCCCUGAUGUUCUAACUAUACUCCUUUAUGUGGCUAUUUUAUCAGGAGUUUUUAUUAAAACAGGGAGCUUUUUCUGCAGGGAAAAAAACACUGAUCGAGUUCCCAAGGCCACAGUAGGAUGAGUCUAGAGGAGGACGCAUUUCACGCCGAGUCUCACACGGACGUCGUCCCUGGACGGAAGGCAGACUCCAGAGUCUUAUCGUAGAUUUAAAAGAGCAGACAUUAACGUUUGCUAACUUCACCGCUACAGCUAUUUAUUAACAACAAACGUCACUCAGAUCUGAAGGUGUACGGAUCCGGACUGAGGACAACAGUAUGAAUUUCCACGCCAGAAGAGUCACGUUGCCCGCUAUCACGCCUCUCUGCCUGCCGAAAAGGGUAAUCAAAGUGUACAGUGAAGACAACACCAGCCGUGCAGUGGAGGUGCCCAGUGACAUCACUGCCCGGGACAUAUGCCAGCUGUUCAUCCUGAAGAACCACUGCAUUGAUGACCACAGCUGGACCCUGUUUGAGCAGAUCCCACAUCUGAGUAUCGAGCGAACCAUAGAAGACCAUGAGUCGGUUAUGGAGGUUCAGUCAGGCUGGGGAAUGGACUCACACUGCUGUCUGUACUUCAGGAAGAAUUAUGCCAAAUACGAGUUCUUCAAGAAGCCUCUUGACUUUUUCCCAGAGCACAUGGUGUCUGUAUCCAGUGAAACCAAUGGAAUCAUGAACCACUCACAACUUAUACAGACCUUUCUCAGCUCCAGCUCUUGUCCUGAGAUUCACGGGUUCCUCCACGCCAAAGAGCACGGCAGGAAAUCAUGGAAGAAGUUCUACUUUGUGCUAAGAAGAUCAGGACUCUACUUCUCCAACAAGGGCACAUCAAAGGAACCCAGACACUUGCAGUUCAUUGCAGAGUUCAGUGACAGUGAUGUCUACACUUUAUUAUCUGCCAAAAAAGUUUACGGCGCCCCGACAGACUACGGCUUCUGUGUGAAGGCAAGCAAGUUGAAUUCUGCACGUGAUCUGAAACUGCUCUGUGCGGAUGAUGAGCAAACCAGGACGUGUUGGGUUACAGCCAUGCGCCUCUUCAAGUACGGCAUGCAGCUUUACCAGAACUUCGUCCAGCCCUAUCAGAAGCAGAAGAGUUCUCCAAUGAGGAGCAUCUCGGAGAACUCACUGGUGGCCAUGGACUUCUCAGGACAUAAGAGUCGGGUGAUCGAGAACCCGUCCGAGGCGCUGUCAGUGGCUGUGGAGGAGGGUCUGUCAUGGAGGAGGAAAAGCUGUCACAGGCUGAGCUCUCAUGGUAGUCCGUCCACCUCUCAGAGCUCCAUGUCCAGCAUAGCUAUCCAUGUGGCUCAGCCGUGGUUUCACAACAAACUGUCCCGAGACGAGGCUCAGAAACUAAUCACUCAGCAGGGCCUCAUCGAUGGGGUGUUUCUGGUAAGGGACAGUCAAAGUAACCCGAGGACAUUUGUUCUGUCACUGUGCCACACUCAGAAAAUCAAACACUUUCAGAUUGUACCGGUUGAAGAUAACGGCGAGCUCUUCUACAGUCUGGAUGACGGACACACGCGUUUCACUGACCUGCUGCAACUCGUGGAGUUUUACCAGCUGAACAGAGGCGUUCUGCCCUGCAAGCUCAAACAUCACUGUGCCCGUAUCACCCUCUGAACUGCAGCUUGUGCCUUGGACAGGAAACCGUUUCACUGUCCAUUCCCUGAUGAGCAUUACGGUCUGAACUUUCAGACUGUGAUAAGGACGGGCAUCACUAAACAGACUGGACUUCUGAGGACCCUGAUAUUCAGCGAGGGAUCAUCGUCUGUGGUGCGCAAAUAUAGAUGGGAAUGUAUAACGAACUCUGUCCUGAUACAAACACUCUCAGUAUGAAUGAGACCACCUUAUUAAGCUAUCAAUCAAAGCUAAGUUUUAACAGCAGACCAGCUGGGUCUCUGUAUGGUGUGAACAAAGUAAAGCCGGGUGCACAUGCUAUGAUUUUUCAUUUUGCCAUCUAAGACUAAUCUUGGGUAAAAGACUUCUUACAGCUCAAAUAGGGUACAGUUUUUGUUUGUUUUUUUCCCCCAGCAAAUGUUUUAUAAUAUUAAUAAUAAUUAUUAUUAUUAUUAAUAUAAUUAAUGUUAUUAUUAUGACAUUUUUAUUUUAAGGUAAAAUUAUUUAACUUUCUGCGUGAAUAGGGUACAAAUGACUGUACAACCCUGUUUUUUUUCUCAGUUUAAUAAUAAUAAGAAUAAGAUCAUUUUUUAUUUUAAUGUAACAUGUUAUUUAAUUAAUAAAGAAGAAUUUCAAUUUUAAUUGUUUUUGCCAUCUAAGACAAAUCUUGGGUAAAAUAUUUCUUUCAGUAUGAAUAGGAUAUAAAAUACAACCCAGAUUUCUUUUUUCUUUCUCAAUAAAAUAUAUUAUUAUUAUUAUUAUUAUUAUUACUAUUAUUAUUAUGGCAUUAAAUGUAUUACAUUUUUAACUGUUAUUAAAAAAAAUUACAAUUAUUAUUUCAUUUAACUAAUUAAAUAGAGAAAUGUAUUACAUAAAAAUAUGAAUAAAACCUUGAGCUUAUGAAUAAAAGCUUGUUACAUUACAAGCUAUCAUAAUUUCAUCUUACUUUUUGGCCAAGUAAAUAUGAGUAACUGCACCAAACUGGAACCAAAUAUUAAUGAUUAAUCAAUAAAACGCCGGGUCCCAGUCCAGAAAUGUUUAUAAAAAAUGAAACUAUUUGUUAGCGCCUGUUUGGCAACCUUAGAGCUAUUGUUAUCAAUUUAAACGUUUAUUGCACAGUCUGGCAGGAAGAAGUCGUACCGCGUGCACUCGGCUUAAAAUGGUAUGGUAUAGCCAUAAUCUCAACACUUAAUAAGCUCAAACUCUUGCUGUUUUCCAGGGGUUCCUUUUUAUUCUUUUAAUCAUGCGUCAGAAAAAUUCAGGUAUUUUAUAAACGACAUGUUUGUUGCGAGAAAUGUCAUGUUUGCUGAAGAGAAUCUGUAUCCGUGCAUGCCGUAAAUGACGACCCGUCACCAACGCACAUAACAUGAACACUUGACAUUAUCCUCUGCUGUAUCACGCCGUGGAAUGUAUCACUUCCUCCCGAUGACGGCCAAUGACGGUUUACAUUCAAGAGCUGCAUGCAUGGGUGAGAGAAAUCACGUCACCACCAAUGACAGAUCAAACAAUUGUUGUACAUUUGAAAUUGAUUUUUAUAGACACACGGCAGAAUUCAGGUAAACGGCGUCACGCACCUGUAUUGGCAUAUUUGUAAUAGUGAAAUGAUCAAAAGUGGCGGUUUUUCCAGGAGACACACGACUUUCAUUUUUAAUGAAAACAAACCUGAUGACACAGAUCCGGCAGAGCUCAUGUAAAAACUAAUAACCAAUGAUCCGCUUUGAAUAGCCAGUAUAACUGUACAAUAACCAAGCUAUAGACUCUAUAGAAUAAAUGACUUGAUAAGACAAAUAAACUGUCUAAAUGACCGUCAUGGGCUGCGAUUUCUGUUGUAGAAAUGAACAAUUGGUGUGUUUUCUGCGUCCUCUCUGAUCUUUUCUGUGUAUGUUUCUUGUAGAAUGACUUGUAAAAUGAACACAAUAUUAUAAAUUGUUUUACAGCUGUGUAUUAAAAGAAAAAAAAAAGAAAAAAAAAAAAUUUAAAAAGCAUUUUAAAAAACUUUCUGAUGGCCAAGGUCAUAAUUGCACUGUAGUUGGAACACUGGUAACUUGAUUUCUGAUCCAGUAUAUGAUAAGAUUUCUUUUUCUCUGACUGUUAGUUUUAUUACUGUUGUUAUUAUUAUUUUAAAAUUUAGCUCUGUUAUUGCUGUCAUAUUCAUCUAUGUCUUUUUUUCUACAGCUGUGUGAAUGCUGGAGUGUACAGUAUGUUUAUUUUCUCAAUUCAUGCUUUCUGUACAGUGCAAUCUCACAAAACCUCAAAAACUGGGUCAUAAGUAACCACAAAAUCAAAAGGAAAAAAUAUUUUUUUUUAAUGAUAAUUAAGCACUUUUCCCCCAAUAAUUCUCAUUACUGUAAUGCAGUAAUCAAUUAAAACUAUUAAAAGGUUUUGUUGUGGUAAUCAUCCUUAAAUUAAAUUUUCUUAUGACAUAUAACUAUUUUUUCCUCUUCAGUUUCAAGCUGAAAUUUGGCCUUGUUAUGUUUCCGGUUGAAUAAAAAAACCAUUUAAAUUAUA